AGUAGGUGGGCGGGAAGAGAGGAGGCGAGUGUCACGGACAGUAAGAGAGGGAAGGAACAGCGAGCCGCUCGCUCGCUUGCUGGAGCUGCUGACUGGGUGUUCAAGUGUGUGAUCUGCAACAUCAAGCAGAACUUGUUUGAAGCCCUUCCUGGGAUUUUGAAGAGAACCCAAAGAAACACAGCAAACUGCCAGCUACCGCCCGGCUGCCCAGCAUCGCCACCAUGAAUGAGAGUCGAAGGGAAGCGCUGGCGGCUGCGGCCCCUUCGCUCACCACUGCCUCCUCCUCAACAGCUGGCUCCAACACCACCAGCAUGGCCGGACCGGGCACAGGGGAGAAGGAUGAAGCCUUCUCCAAGCUGAAGAACAAGUUCAUGAACGAGCUGAACAAAAUCCCAUUGCCGUCAUGGGCCAUCGUCUCCAUUGCUUUCGUGGCCAUCAUUCUGGCGUUAGCUUGCUGCUUUUGCGUCUGCAAAAAGUGGAUUUUCAAAAAGAAAAACAAAAAGAAGGGCAAAGACAAGGGCAAAAAUGCCAUCAACAUGAAGGACGUCAUGGACGGGACCAAAACCGAGGCCUUGAAGGAUGAGGAGGAUGCGGAGACAGGGCUGACUGAAACGCAGAAAGAGGCCGAGCCAAAGGAGGACGAGAAACUGGGCAAAUUACAAUACUCCCUGGAUUACAAUUUCACAGAGAAUACGCUCAUGGUGGGGAUCAUCCAGGCUGCAGAGCUGCCUGCCAUGGACAUGGGAGGCACAUCUGACCCUUAUGUGAAGGUCUACCUCCUGCCUGACAAGAAGAAGAAAUUUGAGACCAAGGUCCACAGGAAGACCCUAAACCCAGUCUUUAAUGAACAGUUCACCUUCAAGGUGCCCUACGUAGAGCUUGGUGGCAAGACGCUGGUAAUGACGGUGUACGACUUUGACCGCUUUUCCAAGCACGACGCCAUUGGCGACAUCAAGGUGCCCAUGAACAAGGUGGACUUCAGCCGCGUAACGGAGGAGUGGAGAGAUAUACAGAGUGCUGAGAAGGAAGAGCAAGAGAAGCUGGGCGAUAUCUGCUUCUCUCUCCGAUACGUUCCCACUGCGGGCAAGCUGACCGUGGUCAUCCUGGAGGCCAAAAACCUGAAAAAAAUGGACGUGGGCGGCUUGUCAGAUCCAUACGUGAAGAUCCACCUCAUGCAAAAUGGAAAGAGGCUGAAGAAGAAGAAAACGACAAUCAAGAAGAACACCCUUAACCCUUACUACAACGAGUCCUUUAGCUUUGAAGUCCCGUUUGAACAAAUCCAGAAAGUCCAAGUUGUUAUAACUGUUCUGGACUAUGACAAGAUCGGCAAGAACGACGCCAUUGGCAAGGUGUUCGUGGGCCUGAACAGCACGGGCACAGAGUUGCGCCACUGGUCCGACAUGCUGGCCAACCCGCGGAGACCAAUCGCCCAGUGGCACGUGCUGAAGCCCGAGGAGGAGGUGGACGCGCAGCUCGCCACCAAGAAAUAGGCAGGGGCCACUUUCAGCUCCUUGCCUUGUAGUACUCUUUAGCCAGUUUGUGUAAAUACCUCAGUGAUAUAUGGGUCCAUCCAUCUAAGCCUCCCUUUACCUUCUGAUUGCAGAGUAAAUCAAUCAAACGUCCCGCUUUUCUUUUUCUGUUAGGUUCUCUGUUUCUCUGAUUUGAUUGGUUUCCUUCUCUGAGCCCUUCACCACCACGACCAAAAGCCCCCUUCUUUUAAGCAAUAUGAUCUGUAUAGAUAGCGCAUGACUGAAAGAGUUUAUUGUACCACAGUUGUAUAUAUAAGUAUGCAGACAAAAAUGAUUUCUAGUUUCUGUGUUUGUAUGUUGUUACCCGUUUCCUAAUCUGUGUAUAUCUCGAUGUUUUUAAUAAGAUGUUCUAUUUUAAAUUAUGUAAAUGCAGAUAUAGAGGAAAGCUAAUAUUAUAUAACCCAGGAUUUAAAAAUUCUACCUUAUUACUUUAUUGCAUUCCAGAGUAAAAAGACAAUUAACUCCAACCUACAAGUGAGGGAAAUGUUCAGAUCGUAAAGGACGGCGUCUGGCUUUAAGUUCAGCAUCAAGCAUAGAGAAACAGAUGAAUAUAAACCAAUACAAGGCCAUUAACUGCUAUGGUUCUGUUGGGGAAAUUAUGCUGGACAUUUUACAAGCACAUGACUCCUAAUGACGUACUUAGUUCUCUACCAGGACCUGCAGUAUUUGUUUGGGUUGAACAGAUCACAGUUGAGUCUGUCUUCUAUUCAUAUUUGGCCAGAUAUUUUUGGUUUUUGUCAAAAUUUGUUGAGAAACAGACCUGUUUGGGGGGGGUAGAAAAAAAAAGCACCAAGCUGUAGCCAUUGUGCCCUUAAUCUUGUUUGACAAUAUUUUGUUUAAACAGCCUUGUCGUAGUUGGAAGUGUCGCGGUUUAAGAAGGUUAAAAAAUAAAAAAGAUGCAGAUCUGGACUUAAGAUGACUAUUUUUUAGCGCAAAUCAGCGUGUUGACUAUUUUUAGUAAAGUGCAUGAUACUUUUUAUUUUUACGAUCUUUUACUUAAGGCCGGCAAACACCAGGGGGAGCUCUUCUGUUAUGAUUCCCUUGCCUUCUAACAGUGGAGUGGCCUAAAAAAAAAAGACAAAAAAAUCAAACUUUUCCUCAACUGAAUGUUGAGCUUCUAAACACUGCCAUUCAGGGGGGCGGCUUGACCUGAGAGCCUCUCUUCAUGCACACUCCCACUUGCUAGUGGUCGUAGCUUCGGUUUUUUGGGAACAAUGUCUCUGGCUGCAGUGGUGCCCUAAAUCGCAGUCUUUGCUUUGCGUUGCCUUCUCACAACAACAAUAGAGCUAGCCAUGUUUUACUGCCAAUUUUAACUUUUAUGUGGCUGCUGUUUUUGCACUGGACGUCUUUGAAACUCGUUCUAGAGAACAUGUUUGCUUUGUGUUGGGACACCUGCAGGGGGAGCCAGAGAUCCUCACAAGGACAAAUUGCAUUGGGUUUUUUUUUAAGCAGGCAAGGAAUUAAAAAUCGAGGUGUGGGGAAAUUGGCCCAUCAAUUUAGUAAACCGUACAUUAGUAGCAUUGGUUUGUUUUUAGGGGACAUUUGCAGGCUUUUUAUGCUCAGAAUAUAAUUUCGGAUUAUAUUUUUUUCAGUUUUAAGUGAACAAUUCAACUCCAGUGCUCAAAAAUUAUGCUGUUUUGCUUGCUCUAAAACAAGAAGUCAAACUUUUCUCCUAAACUGCUCUCAAACUGGAGUGUAAACCACUCCAAGAGUACUCAAAAUAGAGAAAACGGGCUUUAAUCCUUAUUACAAGGAUACAAUUUGAAGAAAAGAUUCCUUAAUUCCUUAAUAUGAAGGAUAAGAAUCCAGUGUGUGCAUACAGUUUUUAUAACUACAGUAACAGGUUGCAAUUUGUACAGAAAAUUCUCUAAACUGGGAGAACAGACCGCAACCGGUAUGAAUGGUUUUCAAACCUGCAGAUUCUAAUCCAUGCAUACACGUUCCCAAGCUGACAGGAUGCAUUCCCGUCUAAUCUGAAGGAAUGGAUUGAAUCCUUACUGUUGGGUUUUCAAACUGCUGGAAUAGAUUCCAAUCUGUGCUUCCUAAACUGAGAAGAUUUGCAUUGCAUGGUUAGGUUUCCUCAACUAAACACGACUGAUUGCAAUCGUACCUCUUUCAAAACUGCAGGAACAGACAGCAGUUGUUCAUGGAGUUUCUUUUACUGAUGAAACCGACUGUAAUCCACACAUGUAGUUUCCCAGUUUUAAUGAGUAGAUUGUUGUAUGUGUUUAGUUUUCCAAAGUGAAUGUUUGAAUUUCAAAUUGUAGUUCUUGAGUAGGUUUGAAAUCUGAUCACAUUCAGUGCAUCUGGUUUUCUAAACUGUGAAGAAACUGACUGCAAAUUCCUCUGUACAGUUUUCUAAACUGAAGGAGCAGCUGGCAAUCUGUGUAUAUUUUUUAUAAACUAAAGAAAGGUACAAUAAUUAUGCACAGAGGAGAUGAGCUGUGUAGGUUUCCUAACCUAGAGCGCACUUUGCAGUCCAUGCAUAACUUUUAUAAACUAAGAGAACAGAUUUCAAACUGCGUACAGUUUCCUGAACCAGCAAAACGUAUUUCCCCCGCCUCCAUUUUUUUAUUCCACCUCCUUGCCUGUGUUGGGCUCCGCACCAUUAGGCCAACAGCUUCAAAUUACUUUUGUCGCUAACCUGGAGAGCAGGGAAACAACCGUAAAAGUUAAUGGUCUGCUGUGUCCAUCGUGUCCUUUACUUACGGGUCCAAUUAGGAGCAGAAUAAUCCAUGAAAACCAUGAAGUCUCUUAUCUCGGAGGAACCUCUUGCAUAUACUCGAUGCUUAUAUUUCAGGAGGACUUUCUAAAUGUUUUCAAUGUUAUUGUGUAGUUGAUAGCACUAUUAUGAAAAAGCUACUUGUCAUUCCAUAGGAGUCUCUGAGGACUGCUUUGUGUAUCACUGUGACUGCCGUGUGUGCUUAGAGAUGUAGAUUUAUCAGUAGGUAGCGAGUUCGUUCUGUAGUGAUGUCGUAGCGUUUAACGCCAUCCCCCCGCCCCCUUCUACACGCAACCAGAGAGACAGAGUGAGCGCGCGCACGCCGCCGCCUGACGUCGCGCGUUUUUAUCUGAGCGGGUCGCUUUCACACAGCAUUUUGUUGAGCACUGUGCAAUACUUGUAUGUUCAUCCCAUAGUGUAAAAAUCAGCGAGGAUGGCGUUUGUCCUUCCUGGUGAGGCGGUACGGACCAUAGAUCCAGCCUGUUCACCUCCUUUUAGGGUUUUCCUCCCUCUUUUCUUUUCUUAUUUUUUUUUCUUCGCAGGUUCGUUUUUCUCCUCUUGCACACAAUUCCAGCAUCAGACGCUUCAGGGAGUCUCAGUUCAAAACCAAACAAGAUAAAUAUCCCUAAAAAUGCCAUGUAUAUAUCCACAUCAUGUCAGAAGUAAGUAAAACGGUGAGAUAAAUAUAUCUAUUUAGCAACUAGUAUCAUUCAACAUUUUAAAUCUCAUCAUUAUUAAUUUUAUGCCUUAUUGAGUCAAAAUCCCUUUUUUAUAUUUGAGAAGAAACUUUGAAUGUACAGUACAAACUGUGUUGGUGUAGAUUUCUUUAAUCGUGAGAUUAUUAGAUGUACUUUGCACUUUUUGUUGUAACAAAAAAGUACACAUAGUAACUUAAAUGAUUUUUAAACUCUACAUUCAUAACCUGUGUGAGGUGAAGGCUCUCCCCGUCUAUAAAGCUUCAACCAUGAGGGCUAAAAGUGUGUCAAUUCAAUAAAACCAAAAUAAUUUACAUUUAUGAAUAGAUUCAGGAAAUAUUUUUUUCUAUUUAAAUGCAUGAGUAAAUACACAAUGAAAUCACUAUUACUUUAUAUUCUGUGCUAUAAUCAGUUGUGAAAUGAAGGCUUAAGCUGCGCUACAACUUAUCCAAUCACAUCGUGUAUAGCUGCAUUAGCCCCGCCCACCAAUUUGAAGAAAAUUAGUCAUGUGCUGCAAGUCCAGAACUAUGAAAAAUUAAAAUACAUCUUUAACUUAAGAUCUAUUAAGUUACAUCUUAACAAUAAGUAAAUGUUGUGUAUUAAUUGAAUUAUUGAAACAUUUAAAUAAUUUUAAAUGAUGUAUUUUCAAUUUUAUUUGAAUUAUCACACAUUAAUGUGUAGUUAUUCUUGACCAAGUAGGAAACUGGAACAGAUACAUGAAUAUAUUAUGUGUAUAUUUUAUGAUAAAAUUAUAAUAUUU